AGAACAAUGAAGCAGCUUCGCAGAUACCGUCGUUACAAGCACGCUCUAGAGGCAUGGUAUAAAACAUGGAAAAACCCUGAGAACGGACGAACAAAUCUUGUGUGCUGUGGUAUGGGACAUCAAGCACCGCAUCAGUUGGAAGGGGAGGUUUAAAAAGUCUGAUUUGAAAUGUGCCCUUUGUGAAAGUUGGGGUAUUGGUUUUGAUAUUCUUCAUUAGUUGCAGACUUGAUUUUUUGUUGUCUGCUAUAGUGUUUUGUCAGUGUUGUGGCUAGAGUUAUGGGUGUUUUUGCUGUGUAGGAGCUGGGGUGUUUGUUUUCUGUUGGUUUCUAGCUCACUGCUAGAGUGUGGUUGUAAUUUUUUGUUGUGAUUAAUGAAAAUAAAUCAUUCAUCCAAAAAAAAAAAAAAAAAAAGUUUGGGUGAUGUUGUUGACUUCAUUGCAAUAACUGGCAAAAGCUGAACCUAGGGAAAUAAUGCAUUGGUGUCAAACCAACAGUUUCAAUAAAAAAAUUGAACAAAAAAAAUUACAUAGAAGAACUGUGAUAUAUAAGUUAAUGCAUCUCUCAAGUCAUAUUAUGACAUUAACACCAACUUCUUUCAUAGGUCCAUAAAAAAUUUGUGCAUGGUUAACUUUCUUUUUCUAUCAAUUUAUUUCCACCAAUGCCCACAUGAUUGCUGGUGUUGCUUCUCUACUCAAUAACUUAUAUUUCCGCUACUUGAAACAUUGAGUUACAUUAAUGUUGGUUAGUACAUAUCUUUAUAGCUUUAAUACUGAUAGUUGAAACUUGGUUUCCCGUAUGCUAUUUUGGCUGCAGUUAAUUGAGGAAGUCCUUCUGAGAACCUGUAUGUCAAAGUGAUUUUCUGCUCAAGUUAUCGUAGUUUGGCAUGAUGUGACUGUAAUCUUUGUAUUGAUGCUUUGGGAUCUUGUUUUGUGUCAGAUAUGUGAAUGGUUGAGUGACCAAACGAACCAUGGCCGACCCCCUGGAGACAUUGCAAUUCAGUUAGAUUUGAUCUCAAAAGUUCAUGGCCUGGAAGAAGCAGAGAAGUAUUUUGGUAGCAUCCCAGACAGUUCGAGAAUCCUACAGGUAUAUGGAGCUCUUUUAAAUUGCGAUGCUGAACAUAAAUCUCUGGAUAAAGCAGAAGCUACCAUGCAGAAGAUGAGGGAGCUAGAUUUUCUGAAAUCAUCUCUGCCUUAUAAUGUUAUGUUAAGCCUAUAUUCUCGGAUAGGUAAAACUGAGAAACUAGACAUUCUAACGCAAGAGAUGGAAGAGAAGGGCAUUGAGUGGGAUAAGUUCACAUUUAACAUCAGGUUGAAAGCUUAUGCUGCCACCUCUGACAUAGAGGGAAUGGAGAAGCUUCUAAUGAAGAUGGAAGCUGAUCCUGUAAUCAUCAUCGACUGGAAUGCUUAUGUUGUUGCAGCAAAUGGGUAUUUGAAAGCUGGUCUGCAUGGAAAGACUUUGGAAAUGGUGAAGAAAGCAGAGCAGCACGUUAGCAGUAAAUCAAGGAGGUCUGCUUAUGAAAUCUUCCUUACUCUGUACACUGCUAUUCAGAAUAAAGACGAGGUGUAUCGAAUGUGGGAUCUCUACAGAAAUAUGGGGAAAGUCUUGAAUUCAGGUUAUAUUUGUAUGAUAAGCUCGUUAGUGAAGCUGGAUGACAUUGAUGGUGCCAAGAAGAUCUUUGAGGAGUGGGAAUCUGGGGAUACAUUCUUCGACAUACCGGUUCCACGUGUGCUGAUCAUUGGUUAUUGCAAGAAGGGUCUUUUGGAAGAGGCUGAAGCAUGUAUAAACAGACUUGUAGAGAGUGGGAGGGAGCUGGACUCGAUCAUGUGGGAACAAAUGGCAACUGGAUAUCGUGCACACGGGCAGAUGGAAAAGGCCGUGGAGACACUUAAGAAAGCAUUCUUGGCAGGUGAAGCAAGAUGGCGGCCAAACCGUUAUAUUUUGGGUUCAUGUCUGGAGUACUUGAAAGAGCAGGGGAACGUGGAAGGGUCAGAGGAGAUCUUGAGGUUACUUAGAGAUCAUUGUCAUUUAUCAACAGAUAUAGAUGAAAGAUUACUAAAAUACAUUAGCAGUGUAAACCCAGGUUCCAGAGCCUCUGAUUAUUUGGAAGGAGAUGAUCAGGUGGAAGGGGAUGAUCAGGAUGUAGAUGGUGAGACUCUGGGGGGUAAUGGUGUAACUAAUGGACCUCAAGCCUGAUGGCAGCAGCUGAAUUAUUUGUAAAGCUAUGGGAAGUAUUUAAUUGAAUUGCCAUUAAAUGUUGAAUUACCUAAUCU